GUUCAAUUUCAGAAACUUCAGCAACUGCGCCUUACACAGUACCAUGGAGGAUCCUUACCCAAUGUGAGCCAGCUGCGGAGCAGUGCAUCAGAGUUCCAGCCAUCCUUUCAUCAAGCCGAUAACGUUCGGGGAACCCGCCAUCACGGGCUGGUGGAGAGGCCAUCCAGGAACCGCUUCCACCCCCUUCACCGAAGGUCUGGGGACAAACCUGGGCGACAGUUUGAUGGUAGUACUUUUGGAGCCAAUUACUCGUCACAGCCCCUGGAUGAGAGUUGGCCAAGGCAGCAGCAUCCUUGGAAAGAAGAAAAGCAUCCUGGGUUCCGACUGACAUCUGCCCUUAACAGGACCAAUUCUGAUUCAGCUCUGCACACCAGUGCUCUGAGCACCAAGCCCCAGGACCCCUAUGGAGGAGGGGGCCAGUCGGCCUGGCCUGCUCCACACACGGGUUUCUGUGAUGGUGAGAAUGAUGGACAUGGAGAAGUAGUGUCUUUCCCUGGUCCGUUGAAAGAAGAGAAUCUGUUAAAUGUUCCGAAGCCUCUGCCAAAACAACUGUGGGAGACCAAGGAGGUCCAGUCAUUGUCCGGGCGCCCACGAUCCUGUGAUGUCGGAGGUGGCAAUGCUUUUCCACAAAAUGGUCAAAACAUAUGCCUCUCACCCUUUCUGGGGACCCUGAACACUGGAGGGUCCUUGCCAGACCUAACCAACCUCCACUACUCGGCGCCCCUGCCGGCUUCCCUGAACACCAGCGAUCACGUCUUUGGGAGCAUGAGUGUGGGAAAUAGCGUGGGCAACCUCCCAGCUGCUAUGACUCACCUAGGGAUAAGAAACUCUGCCGGUCUCCAGAGUUCCCGGAGUAACCCCUCCAUUCAAGCCACACUCAAUAAGACAGCGCUUUCCUCUUCCCUAAAUAGCCACCCCCAGACAUCUGUUGCCAGUGCAUCUGCCCUUCACCCCUCACUCCGUCUGUUCUCCCUGAGCAACCCGUCUCUUUCCACCACCAGCCUGAGCGGCCCCACUCGACGCAGGCAGCCUCCCGUCAGCCCUCUCACGCUCUCUCCUGGCCCUGAAGGACAUCAAGGUUUCGGCAGACAGCUCUCGUUAACCAGCCCGCUGAACCCAUAUCCCACCUCCCAGAUGAUGUCCUCAGAUCAAAACCCGCUUUCCUUCCUGCCCACAGAAGCUCAAGGCCAAGUGUCCCCACCACCCCCUUACCCCACGCCCCAGGAGCUCCCCCAGCCUGUCCUGCAGCAGACCCCCACCCAGGAGCCCUCUGCCCAGCAGCCCCAGGCUGCUGCAUCACUGUCACAGUCAGACUUCCAGCUCCUCACGCCCCAGGGCUCAUCUCUGACCAACUUCUUCCCAGAUGUGGGCUUUGACCAGCAGUCCGUAAGGCCAGGCCCAACCUUUCCUCAACAGGUGCCCCUGGUGCAACAAGGUCACCGAGACCCACAGGACUCAUUUCAUCUGAGACCAAACCUGUAUUCCAACUGUGGGAACUUCCCUAGCACCAUCCUUACAGAAGACUCGGGCAGCAGCCUGUUCAAGGACCUCAGCAGUGCACUGGCAGGCAUGCCUGAGGUCAGCCUCAACAUGGACACCCCAUUUCCACUGGAAGAGGAGCUCCAGAUUGAACCCCUGAGCCUGGAUGGACUCAACAUGCUAAGUGACUCCAGCAUGGGCCUGCUGGACCCCUCUGUUGAAGAGACGUUUCGAGCUGACCGACUGUGAACAGAACACAGUGGGCAGAAGACGCGCGUCUGAAACAGCCCGGGGAGAACAGAGGGAGUGGAGCCAGUGAGCACCCUGCAGGGCUUAGUUAUUUCAACACAGGAGGAACCGAUCCACAGCCUAGGCCUUCACAUGAGGUCCUGUCUCAGGCACAGUGGCUCCUUAGACCACACCAUCCUGUCUGCCUCUCGGGCCUAUGUGCAGACCAUAUUGCUACAGGCAGGCACUUUGGAGCUUCUGAGGAACUGGAUCUCUGUGACCAUCACAUCUUUUGACUGGCCAUUUUGCCAGUCAGUGUGUAAAGUAGAAAGUCCUGUGUAGCGGGAGGCUGCAGUAGCAUUGUAUAGUGCUCAGAACCACUGAUCUCUUCUACACUGAAGGCAGAGGCUGGGGUGAGAAGGCUGUAGAGUGGCUCAGCCUUGAACGGCAGUCCCAGAGCACCAUGAUGCCUUCCCAAUCUGCCUGUGACCAUGAGGCCGCUCUGCUGUGGACAUUCCACAGCUUGGCAGAGAGCCUGUUCUCUCAGUGCCUUAAUUACAUACAAAGAAGUUUUACCACAGUCCAAGGAUAGGCUUGAGUCAGGCCAACUGAAUGCUGCCCAUCUUCUCCCAGGUCGUCAUCUCUUCUGCAGCUUCAGUCCACCUCUUUGUGCACUGGGGAAAGCAAGACUGUUCCCCUCAGUCACUGAGGAGGGCUCUGGUGAUGGAAGAGCCUGCAGAGAACAGUGCUUCUCUGUGGAGGAAUGAGCAGGGGACUGUGAGUGUCUUGUGGACACACAGCGUCCUCUGGACAAGCAUAGGUCUCCCUCCCUGAAGCCAUCUGGGGGAACUGCAACAGGUCCUAAGCAACCCCGCCCAGUGACUGAGCUUCCCUGCCUCGCCCAAGCUACUCCUGUGUGGUUUGGGAGUUUACUGUAACUCCUAGACCAUAGGCUCCUUAGGGCAGGGACUGUGCCUUACUCAUUGUUGAACCCCUCAUACCUAGUAAGUGCCUGGCACGGAGCAAGUGCUGUGUGACUACGUGUGGAAUGUAUGAAUGAAUGAAUGAAUGAACGAACGAACAAAUGAAUGAAUCUGUCUUGCUAUAAGGCAGUCUAAUAUGUAGCUGUCCCCUUCCCUGCAAAUCUUCUCAGAGUUGUAGCUUUUCUAACACUCGUGCCUAUGGCUCAGUUCAGCACGCACUUUAAUAUGCUGUUAACACUAGGCAGUCAAAUCCACGCGUAGAUAGCACCCAUUCUCUCCCACUGGCAUUCCAUUACAGGUGGGUAGAAAUGGUCUUCUGAGUGCAGCCAGGAUGGGUGACCCAUGUGCUGGGUCCUAAGGGUCCUGGCUAGGCCCCCACCUCCAAGGAUUUCCCCCCUCAGAUCCAUGUCUUGCUCUAAACUGCUUUUAAAUUUCACUCUUGGAGGCUGAAGAAAUAGAUUGUAGUGAAAAGAAGGCCUGAUUCAUGGAACCAUCCAUCGUUUGUCACUAGUGACUUGCCAUGAAAUAAUCCUACCACCACCUGCCUAAGUCAGAGGACACAGGCCAGUCCCUGAACAGGAAACCCAGUGGGUAAGUUGAAUGGGGCCAGAGGGGAUCGUGUCUACAGAGCACCACAGAGAUGGGUCUGGGGAGAAGAACCCUGAAGGAGAAUGGAAGAUGCUGGAAUCAUGGUUUGGACAGCAUUGCCUUUCCAGAAGUGGGUGGCCCGGCUACUGUCAGCCAGCAAGCUCAGCGGCACAGUGAGGAUCUGAAUCUGACUCAUCUGUCCCUUAUGGCAAGAGGAGACUUUGUCACAGACCCUGACUGGUUGGCCUCUUCAGACCUCAUCCCAUUUCCCUUCUGUCUUUGGAGACCUUACCCUAAUCUUUCAGACAACUGGGGGUAUGCCAGUCUGCCUUCCUCUGAGAUACAAGUGUUCCUGUUUCAUGUUGGCCCAAGUCUUCUGUGGAAUUAGGAACUCAAACUAGAAUCCUCCUUGCCUGGUUUCUGGCUCAGAAGGAGCUGUUAGCCUUCUCUGGCAAUUCUUCUUCCCAGCUCUUUGUUGUAUAAACCUCAUAGAGGGGUGACUUCUGUAUAAUGCUACCUAGCACCCCAGGGAGCUGAAAGCGGGACCGGUGUCCAAGGCCCUCCUCCCCCAGUCUGAGCUUGUCUUUCAGCAGGGAGCGGUACUGUCACUUUAAGAGUUUCGUGUUUGAAAAAUAGGAGGUCCUACCAUAAUCCACUCUUCACACAGUGCCUUAACCAGGGGAUCAUUGUGUUGGGGUUCCAGUUCUUUGCACAGCAGCCCUGCCUUACAAAGGGAGACCCCCAGAUCUCCAAGUGAAUUGCACUGCCCCUGGGGCAUUCUGCCACUGUCUUGAGAGUUGGAGACUUCUCUGGGGGACAGUUUGUUAGGAGGAGCAUGAUGAUGACAGUGUGGUUUAUCACUGAGCUAAGUUUGUUAGGUUCAUCAGUUCAAUCUUAACUUGUGAAAAGGUUCUGGGCAUGGGACCAGCAGUUGGCGUAGUGGCUAUGUCACUGAACUCCCAUGUAGUCUACCGUGAUUUGAGUCCCAGACCUGGUAGCUUAAACUCAACGCCAGGCGCGUGUGUGUGCAUGCCCAA